AUGUAGCAAAAUUCAAAAACAAUUACUGUUUCUAUAAAUGGAAAUAACCAUUACUAUCAGUCUUAUAAAGAUUUAAAGACUUAGCUAAAAGCGAUAGGGGGCGAUUGGGUAUUAUUUGAUUCUCGCUUUGAAAAUAUAAUUGAUGAAGAUAAUUUUCUAAAUUGUGAGAAUUAGAUAGCUAUUAAAUCAAAAGUCAUUCAAGAUGCAGUAAAACAUGAUGAAAAAUACCUAAAAUUACAGAAGGAUUAUAAAAAUUUGUUGUUAUAUUUUUCCUUAUUUCUUAAAGCGGAUAAUUAAAACAAAUCUAAAAUAGUGGCACUUCAAAAAGAAUUAACGAUUUGUUAAUAAAUGUUAAAGUAAAUGUAAGACCAGUAUUAACAUUAAUAAGGAUAAAGAGAUAAUUAAAUAAAAUCAGAUUCAAGCGAUAAUGAAGGAAAUUAUGAUACUUAUAAUAUGGAAAACCAACAAAAUUUCGAAAACAGUUUACUGUAAAAAUAAAAAGAGGAUAGAGAGUAUUGGAAUGCAAAUAUGGAACCUACAUAAUAAUAAUGAGAUCUGGCUAAACAAGGUUUGAUGGCAAGCAGUGUUGAAUAAACAAUCAAUAAUAAAAUUCAUUUGCAC